AGCACUCCUGGGCCACAGCUCAGUAAGGGAAGAUCCGUACAGAGUUUCACAGCAGCAUCAAUUGUGCUUAACACUACACUAAAGAUCAUGACCACCCAAUUCAGCAAAGGACCCACAUUCGGACUCUCGGCUGAUGUCAGAAAUAAGCUGGUGCAGAAGUAUGACCCUCAGAUGGAGGAGGACCUGAGGAUGUGGAUCUAUGAGGUCACAGGUCGUGUGGUUCCUGAAAACUUCAUGGAGGGACUGAAGGACGGUGUUAUCCUAUGCGAACUGAUCAACAAACUGCAGCCUAGAUCAGUUCCAAAGGUCAAUCAAUCAAACCUCAACUGGCACAAGCUGGAGAAUAUUACUCACUUUGUGCGAGCGAUCGGUGAAUACGGCCUGAAAGCACCUGACAUCUUUGAGGCCAACGACCUUUUCGAGGACAUGAACCACACCCAGGUUCAGUGCACCCUCAUGACGUUGGCUGGAUUGGCCAAGACUAAAGGCUUCUACACAAAAAAUGACAUCGGUGUUAAGUAUGCAGCAAAAAAGCAAAGGACGUUCACUCCUGAAAAGAUGAAGGAGGGGGAAAGCAUCAUUAGCCAACAGAUGGGUUCCAAUAAGUUUGCCAGUCAAAAGGGCAUGACCUCCUAUGGAACAAGACGACAUCUGUAUGAUCCCAAUAUCGGCAUGGAGAAACCAGCGGAUCGAGCCACUAUAAACCUCCAAAUGGGCACCAACAAAUGUGCCAGCAUGGCUGGCAUGUUUGCACUUGGCACGGCGAGACAGGUGACGGAAAAGAAUGUGAAUCUAGAACCAGUGGACUCUUCAACAGUGUCUCUGCAGAUGGGCACCAACAAAGUGCCCUCUCAGAGCGGGCUCUCUCCCAUGGGAGGCGCACGUCUAGUCUAUGACAGCAAAUACUGUGUCAAGGCUAACAAACAAGACGGCAACGAUUUAAUCAAUUAAUACAUUGGCAUUUCGCCAUUGGUAGAUGUUGUUCUUUUCUACUGAUCUCAGAUCAGCCUUACUAAAUUAAAUGAUAAUUUUAGCAUUCGCAGAUGGCAUAACAGUUAAGCCGGGCACAAACUAGAAAGAUUAUGUGUUUGAUCACCAGUAUCAGGUCAGGUGACAUUGUCAGAUCUGUAGGAGUUCAUCAAGAAUGCUAAUAAUCUUCAGAGCUAAAAAGACAUUUCUUCCUUUAAUUAGAGAAAACAUGAAGCUGCUCUCUGGUCAGUUACAAGAGGAACAUCUACCUUACAAGCAGAUCUAACUUCAUACUAACUGGUUUGGGUCGUUUACUACGGACCAGUCAUAUUUUGAAUUGUAUCUUUCUGCGUGCUAAUAGUUUAUUGUAUUCUUUAUAUUCCCUCACACAUUUGGUCCCCUCGUUCCGGAAUUUGUGGCUUUGCAACCUUGUCAUGCAUUAUAAAUUCAUAUUCUUUAGCAGAAAAUCACACAAAACAGGCUUAAUCAUUUACCAUCAUAAAUCAAUACACAGUAUGUUUAGAAUAUAUUCUGCUAUAGUUAGUAUUAAGCAAGUGAUGUAAUUCAGGGGAUUUUAUAAUUAAUAAACAAAGUUUUCAUUUGCAACACUUUUGAGCACCUCAGUGCAGCAUGUCUGCUUGUAUUGCUUAUUUUAUUCUAAGAUCUUUAAAAAAUAAAAAAUCUUCAAGAAUUGUGGUAUCAUUUGUGCCUUAUUAUGUUUACAAUGUUCAAGUAAACAUUUCUUGGAAAUUACAUGAAUAGAAAUUCAUAUUUGUCACUAAAACAUCUAUAUAAUGGCUUAAUAGAAUAAAAAAAAAAUU